AUGGGCAUGGGCCACGGGGGACGGCUGGUGCUCUGUUGGCUGCUCUGCUCCACCUCCACGAGGACGACUGCUGCUCUGUCUGCUUCUGCUAUGCUCCACGAGAACAUGGCUAAUGGCGACAAGCCGGCGCCCACCAAGGUCGAGGAUGUCAUGCCGAUCGCCACGGGGCUGGAGCGCGAGGAGCUCGAGGCGGAGCUUCAGGGGAAGAAGUGGUUCGACAUGGAUCCUCCCGUCGGCCCCUUCGGUACUAAGGAGGAACCAGCUGUGAUUGAAUCCUACUAUAACAAGAGAAUAGUUGGCUGUCCUGGUGGCGAAGGAGAGGAUGAACACGAUGUUGUCUGGUUUUGGUUGCAAAAGGAUAAACCGCACGAGUGCCCAGUCUGCUCACAGUACUGUGCUCAAGGUCAUUGGUGA